AUUAUAGAGAUGGCGUUUAUUAAAGAGGAGAGUGAAGACGUGAAGAUUGAAGAAGUAUUCAGAGUGAAACAAGAAGAUACUGAGGAACACACAGACCUGAUUGAGGAGAGUCAAGAGCUGAAGGAUAUGGAAGAGAAAGAGCAGAAUGAGAACGAUCGUGAUUUCAAAAUUGGAGAAAAAGCCACACUGACUAAAAAGUGUUCCUCUCAAAAAAGUGUCCAGAAGAUUGAAUCGAAGAGCUUUUUUACCUGCCAUCAGUGUGGAAAGAGUUUCAAUCGAAAAGGAAGCCUUAAGGUCCACAUGAGAAUUCACAAUAGAGACAUCGCUUUCACCUGCAAACAGUGUGGAAAGUGUUGCACUACCAAUGAAAGCCUUAAAAUUCACAUGAGAUAUCACACUGGAGAGAAGCCUUAUAACUGCCAGCAGUGUGGAAAGAGUUUCGCUCAAAAAGGAAACCUUGCAGUCCACAUGAGAAGUCACUCUGGAGAAAAGCCUUAUACUUGCUCUCAGUGUGGACAGGGUUUUGCACAUAAAGGCAACCUUAAUUCCCACAUGAGAACUCACAGUGAAGAGAGCUUGUUCCCCUGCCAACAGUGUGGAAAGAAUUUCAUUCACAAACAUAUCCUGGCAGUCCACAUGAGGAUUCACACUGGAGAGAGACAUUUUAUCUGUAAACAGUGUGGAAAGUCUUUCACUCAAAAAGGAAACCUUAAAAUUCACAUGAGAAGUCACUCUGGAGAAAAGCCUUAUACUUGCUCUCAGUGUGGACAGGGUUUUGCACAUAAAGGCAACCUUAAUUCCCACAUGAGAACUCACAGUGAAGACAGCUUGUUCACCUGCAAACAGUGUGGAAAGAAUUUCCCUCAAAAGCAAAACCUGGCAAUCCACAUGAGGAUUCACACUGGAGAGAGACAUUUUAUCUGUAAACAGUGUGGAAAGAGUUUCACUCAAAAAGGAAACCUUAAAAUUCACAUGAGAAUUCACUCUGGAGAGAAGCCUUACACUUGCACUCAGUGCAGAAAGAGUUUUACUCAUAAAAACACCUUUAAUUACCACAUGAGAAGUCACACGGGAGAGAAGCUGUUCACAUGUGAUCAGUGUGGAAAGAACUUUGUGACGGAACUAACCCGUAGAUGCCACAUGACCAUUCACACCGGAGAGAAACAGUUCAUAUGUGUUCAGUGUGGAAAAAGUUUCGCACACAAAGUAGGCCUAAAUUACCACAUGAGAAUUCACUCAGGAGAGAACUGUUUUAUAUGUCAGCUAUGUGGAAAGAGUUUUUGUCAUAAAUAUAGCCUAAAAACUCACAUGAGAGUUCACACUGGAGAGAAUUCCUUCACCUGUAAAUCUGAGUGAACGUUCACUGCUGCGGAGUGUGGGCCAAAUCUGAUUGUCCACCUUCAUACCCACUUCUUUUAUUUCUUCUUAAUCAUCUUUUACUUUUUAGAUAUUGAUAACUUGGGUUCAAAAUAUUAGUUAAACUUCUGUCAUGCUGCGAAAUGCCACAGUGUAAUUGAAUGAUAAUAUAAAUAAUGAUCAAACAAAUAAAAUGACAAACUGAAUGAAAUAAAGAA